AUGCAAGGUCCCGGAAUUGACGCUGGCGCCCAGCCGUACUCCAGUAUGGCUGGGAAGCUGGACCCCAGACUCCUCAAAGCCCUUGAUGUGAUGGGUUUCACGGCCAUGACCCCGGUUCAACAGCGUGUUCUGACCGAACUUCCCAACUGGCGCAGUGACUGCCUCGUCCAGGCCAAGACUGGUACUGGUAAAACUCUCGCUUUCCUUCUCCCUGCUUUGCACUGUCUGCUCCAAGGCCAGGCCCCUCCCAGAGGCAAGGUCGCCAUCUUGAUCAUCACCCCCACCCGAGAGCUCGCUCAACAGAUCGCCAAGUCAUGCGAUCAGCUCACCUCCCAACUUACGACCCCACUGGAAUGUCACAUUGCUGUUGGAGGAACUGCUCGCGCCUCUGCUCACAACCGUUUCAUGAAGGGCGCUCCUUCCAUUUUGGUGGCUACCCCGGACACCCUGGUCUUGGAUGAGGCUGAUACCAUGCUGGAGUCCGGUUUCAUUGCUGAUGUCAAGCGCAUUCUGCAACUUAUCCCGGCCAAGAGCACUGGCUGGCAGGGAAUGUGUUUCUCAGCCACUGUUCCCCCCAAGGUCAAAGAUGUCGUCAAUAUUGUCUUGAAGUCUGGUUACAGCAGCAUCUCGACUAUCGAUAAGAACGAAGCCCCCCACCCACGAGAGGCUCUUCUUAACCUGGAGAGCAAGACCUGCCGCAAAAUUAUUGUUUUUGGUGUUACAGCAAACAUGGUUGCUCUCAUGGCCAAUGUCUUCGCCGAGGGCUUGACUCCCUUGAAGGUUUUCGAGAUCCACUCCAGACUCAACCAAAGUCGUCGUACCAAGACCACCGAGUUAUUCAAGGAGGCUUCCGCCGGAAUUAUGUUCGCCUCCGAUGUUAUCGGCCGCGGAAUGGAUUUCCCCAAUGUCGACCUUGUCAUUCAGGUUGGUUUGCCGUCCAACGGUGAACAGUACGUUCACCGUGUUGGUCGUACAGCCCGUGCUGGCAACGAUGGCCGUGCUAUCAUCCUCCUCACCGAGGCCGAGUCUUUCUUCAUGAAGGUCAACCGCCACCUUCCUAUUAAGCCCCACCCUCAGACCGACGCCAUCAAUGCGGCCGCACCCUUGACAGCGGACGCCGUCACUCAGGCCAUGUACUCCAUUGACGAAGAGACUAAACAACGUGCCUACUCGUCCUUUAUUGGAUUCUUCGCCGGCUCCGGUCUCCUGAAGCCUCUCCGUCUCGACAAAGCUGGUCUUGUCCAGAUGGCUAACACGAUGGCUAUUGAGGGUAUGGCCUGUCCCGAGCCCCCGCCCAUGGAUAAGAAGGUUAUUGGCAAGAUGGGCUUGAAGGGUGUUCCUGGUUUCAACUACGGAAGCGGGAAUGACUUCAACGGAGGCGGUGCUCGCCCGCACAGCCGUUCCAAUGGGCAGCACUCUGGAAAGCCCCGUGAUGCCCUGAGUCCCGGAGCUGGCCGUGACCAUCACGGUGGAGUUGAGAAGAAGCGCGGUGGAGGUCGCGGUGGAGGCCGCGGUGGCCGUGGUGGUGGCCGUGGAGCCCGUCGCGGCGGAGGCGGAGGUGGAGGCGGAAGCACCUUCAAGCCUCGAGGAGCUUAG